UAAUCAUUCUCAUAAACCUUUAAUCUUUUCUCUCAAUCAUGUUCAACUCUAAAAGCUUAAUACCCUUUGUUUACUUUCUAUUUAUAGCUCACUUACGUUCUCCUUUACUAGUUGAAUCAUGUAAUGCUAUAGACAAAGAAGCAUUGCUUGAUUUCAAGCGUAGAAUAAGCGACGACCCGUCACAACUUCUUGGCACGUGGCUUCCCACGACCGACUGUUGUAAAACAUGGGAGGGCGUGGGUUGCGACCGAGCCAAUGGUCGUGUCAUAAACGUGUCUAGGUCCGGCCUUCAGUCAGGAGACGAUUUCAUUUUAGACACCUCUAUGUCAGGUACACUAUCCCCGUUUCUAGGUAACCUUACUUAUCUUACUCUCCUUGAUCUUAGCAACCUUAAAGAGUUAAAUGGUCCAAUCCCAUUUGAAUUAGGUAAGUUAUCUCAUUUGACCCAACUUUUUUUAGACACUAAUAUGCUAAAUGGUUCAAUACCCACCUCAUUUAGUAACCUAAAAAACCUAAAAAGACUCUUUCUUAACAGAAACAGCCUAUCUGGCUCAAUACCCAACUUUGUUUUUCAGUCAUUUACAUUAGUUACUGAAUUGGGUCUCUCAGAAAAUCAUCUAUCAGGGCCAAUUCCAUCAUCUAUUGUGCAUAUGAAAUCACUUACUAAACUUGAUCUUCAUGACAAUAAAAUCUCUGGUAAGAUCCCAAAUGACAUUGGUAAAUUAAAAAGCCUUAUAGAGUUAGACUUGUCGAUAAAUCGAAUCAAUGGAAACAUACCUUAUUCCAUUGGCAAACUUUCUAAAUUGAUCGAUUUGUCGCUUGAUCACAACCGUCUCACUGAACCAAUCCCAUCUUCAAUAGGCCAACUUGUUUCCUUACAAGCAUUAGGUUUAGGCAACAAUCAACUAAUCGGAAAUCUACCCGAUUCCAUAGGAAACCUUCCUAAAAUCCAACACAUUUCCUUAGAUAACAACAUGAUCACAGGCCGUUUACCAUCAAGUCUAGGGCAUCUCACUACAUUGAUAAACUUGUUCGCUUCGAACAAUCGAUUUGUAGGACAAAUACCCAAAAGUUUUGGGGGUCUAAAGAGCCUUAUGACAUUAGAUUUAUCAAGAAAUCAGCUUGUUAGUCCACUCCCUGAACAACUUACUAAAGUUCAUGAUCUACAAAUCUUAGAUUUGUCAUAUAACCCACUUGGUCUAGUAAGUAUACCAAAUUGGUUGUCUAAAAUAAACUUGUUUAGGCUAAUGUUAGCCAAGACGGGCCUCAAAGGCCAGCUACCGCGAUGGCUGUCAUCCUCGUCGAUAGGUUACCUUGAUCUAUCGAGUAACAAACUCGAAGGAAAGUUGCCUACAUGGAUAGGCAACAUGAGUGAGUUAUGGUUCUUUAAUGUGUCACAUAAUAGAUUCUACUCUACGAUUCCUAAAGAAUUUAAGAACCUUCGAUUGUUAUCUGAUCUCGAUCUUAGCUCAAACAAGUUCUCGGGUUCCUUGGAGAAUAUAUUCGACAAGAAUGUGGAUGAGCCAAGGGGACAUUAUAACUCAAUCGACGUGUCUAACAACAUGUUUAAAGGGCCUAUCGAGAAAAAUAUAGGAAAUAAGCACGUUAUGGACUCGAUUACUUCUUUGAUCUUGUCUUAUAAUCCAUUGGGAGGAAACAUACCCAAAUCAAUUGGGAAUUUGACUCAAUUACAAGUGUUGGAAUUGGUGCAUGAUGGGCUUACAGGAAUGAUCCCAGAAGAAAUUGGUAAUGCUAAGGAAGUUAAAACAAUUAAAUUGUCUAGGAACUAUUUGAGUGGAAGUAUUCCUAGUAAAGUUAUCAAUUUGGGGAAUUUGGAAGUGUUUCAAGUUAUACGAAAUAAGUUAAGUGGAGAGAUUCCUGAGCAUACAACUAAUAUUCCAGCUUCUUCAUUUUUUGGUAAUGCUGGUCUUUGUGGUGCUCCACUACGCCCAUGUACGCGCUCAUAAAAGCUCAAUACAGGGUCGCUGAUUCACAGUGUGAAACGGGCUACAGCACGUACGCUUUAAAUUUUUGAGGGUCUAAUUUUCUUUUUAAGUUUUGGUUGAUAUUCACAUUAGACUCAAUAUUAUGUACUUUUACACUAUUUUGUUUUUUCACUUAUAGUUCUAUAGUAAUCGUAAUGUAAUGAGUAUUGAUAAAUAAAAAUACUCUUAUAUUUACUUUAAAUAUCUCAUUUUAUUUUGGCAUAUUGCCAAUGUAUGUUUU